UCCAACCCUGAAUUGACGCCAUUUUAGAGGCGAGUUUUUUUUUGUGUGUGACGCGUUGUUGUAUCUCAAGAUUUUCCGCGUUGAAAAGUGAGAAUAAAGUUCUCAAGGAGCCACUGGAGAGAGCCGGAGCAACAACAAUGUCCCAACGCUUUGCACCUGGCCAAGCGCCGGUGCAGUCGCGUUACCAACCGCCGCCGCAGGCUCCCGGCAUGCGUCCCUAUCCGCCGCCAGGCGCCACUUUUCCGCCAAGAGGUUUUCCCCUACACCCGAACACAACGCAACCUGUUCCUGGCACAGCGACAGCCCCAGGAGUUCCAGGCGGUCCUUCGCUGCUGCAGCGCGCCGCCCAGCCAGCCUUCCAGAGCGGUCUGCGCGGUACAGGCCAAGGAGGCGCUGGCGGUGGCACUGGUGGUGGCAACAAACGCUCCAAUGAGUCCCGAAGCGGCGGAAAGGUGGAGUUCGUGGCCGCCAAGAAGAAGAAGAAGCUGGCGGACAAGAUACUGCCGCAGAAGGUGAGGGAUCUGGUACCGGAAUCGCAGGCCUACAUGGAUCUGCUGACCUUUGAACGCAAGCUGGAUGCCACGAUCAUGCGCAAACGCCUGGACAUCCAAGAAGCUCUCAAGCGGCCCAUGAAACAGAAGCGCAAGCUACGCAUCUUCAUUUCGAACACAUUCUACCCCAGCAAAGAGCCCACCAACGAUGGCGAGGAGGGUGCCGUGGCCUCCUGGGAACUCAGGGUCGAGGGAAGACUACUCGAGGAUGGCAAAGGUGAUCCCAACACGAAGAUCAAACGCAAGUUCUCGUCGUUCUUCAAAUCGCUGGUCAUCGAGCUCGAUAAGGAGCUGUAUGGACCGGACAACCAUCUGGUUGAGUGGCAUCGCACCCACACCACACAGGAGACGGAUGGGUUUCAAGUGAAGCGGCCCGGCGACCGCAACGUCCGCUGCACCAUCCUCCUGCUGCUCGACUACCAGCCGCUGCAGUUUAAACUCGACCCGCGACUCGCUCGGCUCCUGGGCGUGCACACACAGACUAGGCCAGUCAUUAUAUCUGCCCUGUGGCAGUACAUCAAGACCCACAAGCUGCAGGAUGCCCACGAGAGGGAGUACAUCAACUGCGACAAGUAUCUGGAGCAGAUCUUUAGCUGUCAACGGAUGAAGUUCGCCGAGAUACCGCAACGCCUCAAUCCGCUGCUCCACCCGCCCGAUCCGAUUGUAAUUAACCAUUUCAUCGAGAGCGGUGCGGAAAACAAGCAGACCGCCUGCUACGACAUCGACGUGGAGGUGGACGACACGCUCAAGAACCAGAUGAACAACUUCCUGAUGAGCACCGCCAGCCAGCAGGAGAUUCAGGGGCUGGACACCAAGAUACACGAGACGGUGGACACCAUAAAUCAGAUGAAGACCAAUCGGGAGUUCUUCCUGAGUUUCGCCAAGGAUCCGCAGAUGUUCAUCCACCGUUGGAUCAUCAGUCAAACGAGGGAUCUGAAGCUGAUGACGGAUGUUGUUGGUAAUCCCGAGGAGGAGCGGCGCGCCGAAUUCUAUUAUCAACCGUGGACGCACGAGGCCGUUUCCCGGUACUUCUUCACCAAGGUCAACCAAAAGCGGGCCGAGCUGGAGCAGGCGCUGGGCAUACGCAACGGCUAGUCGGAUUAUAUGCUUCUGGUGGCAUCCGUGCCCACGGCAACACUCUUUUUUCCUUCGCCAGUUUAGUUUAAGCCUAAAGAUACAUGUACUUUUUUUUGUCGUCAUGCUGAAACCUCUCCUUACUUUCCCCCAAUCGUCAGAAGCCUCCAAAGCUCAACCACCCAUACCCCGCCCCCCCCCCCCACAAAUAUCGGACAUUAUAUUAAGCAAAUAAAAUGGCAUCUAAACAUAUAGAGAAACCCAUGUACAGAAGGAGAUGCAAGGAUAUCGGUUAGCAGUUGGCUAAAAUUAUGUUUUGAUCAAUAAAGUAAGAUCAAUUAUUCCCACAAGCCCAUUAAAGAACGUAAUUUAUUCUAAAA